AUGCGUUAUUCUAAAUCUUUAUGCCCAAAACUAUUUGUUUGUACUGCUUUUCUUUGUUGGAAUUCAAAAUAUUUAAAUUAUUCGUUUUCUAAUAUUACGCAAUGUACUCCUUCACCACUCUAUUUCGAAACAAAUAUUCGAUUCAUACCAAAAAAUCUUAAUUAUCAAAAGAAAUAUUCAAUUCAUGGAUAUAGUUGUUCAAAGUGUACACAAGAAAAUUUUAUUGAAUAUAAUAUAGAUAUAUUUGAUCAAUGUUUUAAACAAACAACAAUGAUUGAACUGAAAAAUUCUUGUCAACAUAAAAGACUAAAAAGUGAUUGUCAAUGUUAUCCAGCUAAUCAAUCGAUUCAACCAAUUCAUGACUGGGUGAAAGCAAUCGAAAAAUCUGGUAAAAGUCAUAUGAAUGUUAUUCGAGUUAAUAAUAUUAAUGAAUCAGCAAUAACAUCGGUAUACUUUCUAAUUGGGUCCUUUAUGUUAAUUCUUAUUUUUGGUGGUUUUAUUGGAAUGAUAUUUUAUAAGAUUAAAUUAAAAUCUAUGCAACAACAAAUAUUUAAAGAAACUCGAUAG